CACGUCAUAUGCCCAAUUUGUUUAUAUUUAUUUUUCUCAAUCAACAGUUUCAAAAUUUUUCUGUGAAAAUAAUUCCUGUUUUCAAAAUUAACAUUGUGAAUUUGAGAACAACCAUAUCAGCUACCGGUACAUUACAAAGAAAAUUAUUAAUGUAAAAUCACAUAAACCCAUUAAUGUGUGUCCAAAUUUAAAAAAUUGAUUUAGAAUCCAGCCAAAGGACUCUGCCUCUAGUAAUGUAGAUUCCUUGGUUGCCUUUAGUUGAAACAAAUAACGGACGGUUUAUUUAUAUCUUAUGAAGCAAGCAUUAUGGCUGGAAUUAUUCCAAAUAAAAGUUCAUCAGGUAGAAAGCAGUGGCGAAUACAUGCAGGUCAAAGGACUUCACUAAAACGUCUACGCACUCAAAUGGCCUCUGAUGGAUGCCCUGAAUCUCAGGUUGUUUUAGCAAAACAGCUUUUAGAAGAGGAAUGUGAAUUCAAACAAGAACAAAGAGAAAAUGCAAAGCUAGGAGUGUACUGGCUACUAAAGGCAUCAUAUCAAGGAAAUUUAGAAGCCACCGACUUACUCAAGUCAUGCUUGGAAACUGGCAAAGGCAUCAGCGAGCAAAAUUAUAUAGAUGUGAAAGCUUGUAUUUCCAUGACCCAGGAUGAGAAAAUUGUAAGAAGGGCUGCUAAGGAAGUGUUUGCCAGAUCCAAGGCUCUGUCGGUUAUUAACACAAGGCAAGGUGAUUACAUGAUAACAUUAGGAGUUCAGGUGCUAAGCAUUUAUCUGGUUUUAUCUAAUGGAGGAGAAUACAUAACAUCAAACCAACUUCAACGAAAAAUCCUUAGCAUUGACCGAAGUGAGAGCAGCUCGUCAAAAUCAACUAAACAAAGGAAUUUUGAAGAUUCAGAUGAAAUAGACAGUGGAAUAAUGAACAAUUUCGAUGAUAUAUCUGAAUCAGAAGAUGAAGAACUUGAUUGGUCCCAAAUAUCCGACGUAAGCAAUGAAAAGCUCACCGAGGACAAGGUGGUUGCUGCUGCUAUCACUUUUAGUCGUGGAGAGUUACCUGUUGUUAAUAACAGCCUUUGUUUAAGUGAGCCUAAUUUGAAGGCCUUAGAUCAUAUACCUUUUGUUUAUUGGUCUAUUCUGCAUCCAAUUUUGUGCCUUAAAAUUAUUUAUUUUAAGAUAAUUAGAUGUUUGGGAAAAAGAUCCAUACCAUUGCCCCUUGCCAGAUCCGAAUUCCAAUAUCUCCUAAUAUUUUUGUUAUAUUCACUAGUCAGUAUUAGUCACCUUGAAUUUUUCAUUCCAACCAUUUUUUUUUACUUGUCAUUUAUCUUUAUGGUUCUCUCAACAUUUCAAGUCUUGCAGUACCAGAGGGAAUUUUAUGAUUUUUGUUUGUGGAGGGGUUUAUUCAUUUGCUACUCAAAUGGAGACUUAAAUGAGCGCAGCUUUGAAACUCAGUUCAUUCUUAACCAUAGCAAACAGUUUGUGUGGUUUUUCUCUAAUCUGAUAAUACAUUAUUUUGUUUACUCUUUGACUCCUCUGAAGCUUGAAAGUGAGUUUGGUGUUGUAGCUUGUGCAUUAAUGUUUAUGACUUUAAUUGGAUCAAUGCCAAAGCGGCGAGGUUCAAUAAUCUUAGACUCUCUAUUGUUAUUAAGUUUUGCCGUCAAUGUACUUGCUAGAUAUCCGUACGACACUGACCCAAUUGUCUCACAGGGUUGGAGAUAUUUAGAACUUACUUUUCCAUCAUUUCCCAGUUACAUUAUCGGAAAUGGCAUAGAAUUUUGUAUUACGUUCCGUUUAUUAUUGUAUGCAACUAUACCUGUGAUACUUUUAAGACUGGCCAUCAGAGAGAAUUGGAGAGGCACUUAUAAGACAGUUCUACCUCAUUUAGUUACCCUUAGUUGGCUUCAGUAUUUCGCGGUUUGUUCAAAUAAUGCAACAAUGUUCGGACUUCUUAGGGCUACUUUGGCUCUGGUUGGGUCAGUGCUGUUUUUGCCUCUUGUGGGGAUCAUGUCGGUCAUUUUACCUGUAGCAGCUGUUACCCAAUGGAUAGUUACAUCCAAUAUUUUCUACACUAUAAGUUUGUUCCUAAUUCUACUGGCCUUAAGUUUCUUAGUUUGCUUUAUUUGCGCUCGGACGAAAUAUGCCCAAUAUACCGCUAUAGUGCAAGUUAUUUUGAUGGUUCUUGCAUUUUUUGCACUUGUCAGAUCUUCUGAUCGCAUGAAUAACUUGACUGGACAUUUUGACAUGAAAGUAGAACCGAAACUGUUAGAAUGGGAUGUUUUUCAAAGAGCUUGCUACCAGGGGGUUUGGGAAGGUACUGAAAGCAGUGCAAAGGCACAAAGUAGGUGUUUAAGUUUGGAAGGUACUCAAGUAUUUUGGGAAGGCAGUGUUUCGUCAGUAGAAAUUUUGUCUAUUACGAACACUUAUAAAAGGUGGAUUGAUAUGUUUCCAAAGUUUAUGGCGGAUUGGCUUUAUUGUUACUAUGGCAGCAAAUUAUCAUGCCAUGAAGAUGAUAUGUCAUGUGCCUCAUUGCUUGAGUCAUCUACGAACAAGUGUACUUUAAAAAAGUACGAUGUUUAUACUCUGCAGACUACGAUUAAAAUGGCCUCGUCUUCUUGGCGAAUAACCCCAGAAAUAAAGCUUUUUUUAACAAAUGAAUUUAAGAAUUUUACAUUGGGGCUUUUGCCAAAAGACUCUAUUUGGUUUAAGGGUUCCUUAUUUAAUGAUUACAGUAUAAUUGGCUCCCUUAACACGCACCUUAAAGUUGAAGAAAUUGGUUGUAUUGUCUGUUCAGAUAUAGAACUCAUGCCCGUUAAACUAAGUAAGGGGGUGAAUUUUCAGUUUUUUGCAAAAGCACGUGAUGGUAUCAAGUUUGUUUUGAAUGUUAUGUUUAAUCCUGUUUUAAUAUUUAAAUGAUAGAAUCGUAGUACCAUUAAGGUAUUGAUUUAUAUAAAAAAACAUAUAAUGUACUGGUGUUGAUCAUGAAGUGACUUUUUUUUUAUUUAUUGUUAUUUUUUGUUAUUCUGAUUUUCUGUAUUUUCGUAUUAAAAAGACAUUAAAAGUUUUGUCAUUUAA